AUGACUUCUAAAAGCCUUUCAAGACAAGAGUUGAAAUCUCGAUUUCAAACUUGGUUUGAUAAAUCAAAUGAAAAACAAACCGCACGAUUAAAGAAACUUAAAGAAAAGUUAAAAUAUGAAAAUCAGUUAAGAAUUGAAGAAGGAAAGAGAAAGUUGAGUCGUGAAGAACCUUUGGAAGAAGAAGAAUCUAAGGAAACCAAUUUAUCACGAAAUCUCAAAUAUUUCAAUUUUACGGCGUAA